AUGCAGCCAAAUCACUAUGACCUCUUGAGUCAGGUACCGGAUGAUUCUCAACCUGCUAGCCGAAUGACGAGAGAGGCUCGUCAGCCGCUUCGUGAGAACAUCCUUCAGUCACGGUCUCCGUCGGGUGCUGCGCUCACGAGAUCUGAAGAUUCGUGGAUUGAGGUCGCGUCGCAGCCGUCCUCUUCAUCUCUCUCUUCCGUUGCGACCAGCGACGACAUCAUCACCACCGGCCUGCGUGUCGAGCUUCACGAGACCAGAGCUUACCAUCAUCGUAGCCGGCGCCGUCGCUUACAGCAUCUUGCCGCCGUGACCGCGGCGCAUGUCGAUUAUGCACCCCGGGAAGCCAGCAGUAGCCAGGAUGAAUAUGAAGAGAGUGAAAGUGAAUCGGACCGGGUUCUCGGCAGUUCAAACGAAGACAUAGCUCACGCACCUGUCGAGAUGCCUCUUCUGCCGCGAACUGGUCCUUCUUCACCCACAUUGGACGCAGUCCCGUCGAGUGAUGAGGACGAUGCGUCGACAGCGCUGGGGAUGCGGAUCAGUGAUUCGCCUUUUGUGCCACAGCCCAACGUGUUUUCACACCCACCUGCGUCCCAGGAUUCUACCUGGCCUCGAGCAACGAGCACCCAUCGGUCUCAGCCUAGCACCGUGUCCAACUCCAGUCGUCAAACCGCAAUCCGCAGGAAUUCGCCGGCCAGCGCACGGUCCAAUCGUCAGCAUCAGCACAGUCCCUACAACAUGAUAUCGCCUUCAUACCAUGUCGAUCACGAUGCAGCUCUCCGUGCGAGUCUUUCCACGCUGCUGUCUUGUGCUGCUGCGGCUCGGGGGUUGCCAAAGACAGGUACACAGCCGGCGCCGGCUGGGCCUUCCAGGGCGCAUCCGUCUUCGUUCCGUCUGGUGUCUGAACCAGUAGUGCUGGGCGAUGAAGAAGAUAAUGAUAAGGAUCAAUCGGCCGCCGAGACCGCGUCAAGUAGAUCACGCCGGUCCGGAAGACAUAUGAAAGCUGACCAGCCGUUGACGCCGUCUCAUAAGACUAAGCGCCGAUCCAGUCCUUCCAAGGAUCGCGGAGCAGGCCAUCCAUCCGCGGCCAAGAAGAGUCGUCGAGGAGGAAUGGCCGAUUCUGCGUCGACGGGCAGUCCCACCAUCAUGACCUGGGUGAUCAGUGCAGGGGUGGUAGUGCUCUUCUCAGCCAUCAGUUUCUCCGCCGGAUAUGUGCUGGGCCGGGAAGUUGGCCGGCUGGAAUCCAGUACGGGGGUGGGAAUGGCACUGGUGGAUGGAGGGGCUGGUGGAUUAGGGGGCAAGGCAUCGGCAGGGUGCGGGCAGGAGGCCGUUAGGGGCGGGUUGAAGCGGUUACGCUGGGGGACGGGGGUUGGUGCGUCUGGCAUCAUUGCAUAA